GAUUCGGGCUUUGAAGGCACAAGCUCAAGCCGCUGCCAAUCCCAAUCCGCAGCCGAAGCAAGCCGAGCAGAAGCGGGCUGAACAACCACCAGGAUCCUAUGUGGUUCAGACUGCGCUCGUCCACACUGACUUCCAUGAAACCCAGCUCAUGACUGAAGAGAUGGUUGUACAAGCUGUUGCACAAGCCGCGUCUACAGUACCGGUGGAAACCAUGCCCUCGCCCAAAACAACCCCAGAAGAGCGCCGUGCUCAAUACCAAGGCAAGCCGAUAGGCGGUUCAGCGACUUUGGCAUUGGGCGCCCCUGCUGAAGCUUCAGCAUUGGAGGACCCAAAGGCUUCCAUGGUGCCUGUCGGCGAGGAGAAGAAGGACGAUCCAGAGAUGAUGCAUGACUCGCAGCUUGAUGCGGGGGAGGCCUACGUGACGAGGGACCAGCAGCUGCAAAGCAAGAAAGCACGGAAACAGAACCGUGGGAAGGGUCAGGCCCGCAAGAAGAAGGGUGGCAAGAAGAAGGGUGGCAAGAAGAAUAGAAAGGGGCAAGUGGGUCGUAAGAAGGUCCGCAGCCCAAUCAAGAAACGACGACAAGUCUUGAAGUCUGCCAGCAGCGUUGCUGGGCAUGAUUGCGCUGAUGAUCAUCCCCGGCGCAAGAGGCGCACUUCUGCCAAGGCAGCUGCGGAAGAGCAGCCAGCUGUUGUAGAGGCUUUGCAUCCACCAGUGCCUGAGCCUAAGGAGAAGGCGAAGGCAAAGCCAAAGGGACGGGCAAAGGCAAAGGCUGCUGUCAAAAGCCCAAAGGCAAAGGCUGCUGUCAAAAGCCCAAAGGCAAAGGCUGCCCGUGAACCCAAGACCGCUGCCAAGAGGGGCAGGAAGCGGCAAACUGCUGCGGAUGCCAUCAUGAACAACCCGGAUCGCUCUUAUGCUGUGGUGUCGGCCAUGAUGCACUUUGCUCAGAGGUUCCCAAAAGAGGGAGAUAUGGCUUUAGACGCUUUCAAGACGGCCGUGAGGGCUGAAUUGCGAGAAAUGGAGUGGUACCGUCCCAACAUCUAUUGGACCAGGAAUGGGUGUGGAGUGACCCAGAAGAGGCCUUGUGCAGGGCAGAAGGCAAGUGACAUCCACACCUUCAGCUUCAACACAGCAAAGGUACCAUGCCGUGAGAAGCUCGCAAUCGCCGUCUUCUGUGCAGAGGCCGCAGCUUGGGGCCUGGAGAACACGUGGGAGGGCUACGAGAAGGGCGGCUUCGAGAUUAGAAAGCUCAAAGCCAAUGCUGCCAUUGCGUUGCACAUGCUUUCCACCGGCAACAACGACUUGGAGUGGCUCCGAAAUGAGUGAGGGCUACCGCAUUUUGUUUCAUAUCGGUAUUGCCGGUAUCAUCGCACACUGUAGGCCAGUGUGUAUCCAGGGGUCUUAGAUAUGUAUGCAACAUGCGUCUAGACUUGGCCAAAGGCAUUAUACCUG